AUGGCUCAAGGAAAUCUAGGGGAGAUUUUUUCCAAUUUACCUUCCUCCACGCUUGAAGAUAUUGCAGCAUUUCAGCCUCCACCGGGAGUUACUGCCAAUUGGGUCAAUCCCGAUUCUCACAGAGAGAUAUUGAUACUCAUUCCUACAGUCAUGAUGUGUUUGAUGAUAAUUUGUAUAAUUGUGAGAGUUUGGGUGGUAUUUUGGAUUAUGCGACCUGUAAAAUUGAGGUGGAGUGAUAUGACCUUUACACUUACAGUACUUGUUGCUAUAACUCUCUAUGUCGUGGUGAUAUUGUCCGCCACCGGUAAUGGAACUUUCGGGCUGCAUAAUUGGGAUUUUCCAGUCUCGCAAUUAUUAUCCGACCGCAAUUUAAUUACAACUGGUCUAUUACCGUGGCUCACGCCUCUCACUCUGGGUUUAGUGAAGACGACCAUAUUUUUGACAUACAUGGAGAUCUUUCGUAGCAUGAAGUGGAUGAAUAUGGCGUGUCUCAUGGGGCUUUCAUUCACCGUCGUAUGGUACUCUGCGAUUACCAUUGCCGGAAUUUGUUUGGCUGUUCCACUGGGAGGCGAAGGAUGGUUAAAGCACCUGUUCACCUCACGUAUGAUUAAACAGAACUUUCUUAGCAUCCCGACGGCUGUAGUGGGCUUGGCCAUUGAUUAUUAUCUAUUCAUUUUACCGAUGAUUGCACUCAAUAAAUUGAAGUUAACUCAAAGGAAGAGAUUAGGUGCAGGGUUGAUCUUCGCUACUGGAUUCUUUGCUAUUGUAGCAUCAGUAAUGAGCGUUGUGUAUCGUGUUAUUCACGGUAGUGAACACGGGGACAACACUUGGUGGUUGGUACCUAUAUUGUCAGUUACAAUUACCGAGACAUUCAUUGGUUUUAUUAUUGCUUGUGCCUGGCACUUUGCCAAAUUUCUGCGCACAUAUGAGCAGUUCUUUUUCAAAGCUGGCUUGAUAACCACCAACUUGUUUUGCUGCAGAUGCAGAGGCCCUCGGGGUGAGAACUCUGUGGACCCCAAAAGCAGCGAAGCAUCCGAUACUGUGGAUAAUUCAAAAGUAUCUCGAGAAAAGGUUAAGCCACCUCCGAAGAUGUAUCCCGGUCUCGAUCUUACGUCUCGUGGUGGAACCGUAUUGGUGACAGAAUUGGAUGAAAAUGAAAACAUUCCGAAUAGCAAAGAGAACCAUAGGGUCGACGGUAGCAUGGAACAUACUCAUGCUGAGAAGAGUUCCACGAUAGGUGAUAUAACCAAGAGGGUGAAGCGAUGA